AGAAGAAGACUUUGUAGAACGGGUUGCCGUCGUUUUGUCAUAAAACAUUUACCAUUGACUGAGCUAUACUACUAUGGAAAGUAUGGGAAAUUAUCGAAAAAAGAGGUAUCUUCAAUUGGUGUAGUCUAAAUUAAAUUCCACCAGAAGAGGUUAGUUAUGAAAGACAUGCAGUGUUCGAGGAUUCUCUUUGGAGGUUUCGCAAAUCGUGAAAGAGAAGAAAAAUUCCUUACUGGGUUCCUUUAACGCAAUUUUUCGAUGUCCAAAUAAACUUUUGAAGAUAUUCCAAUGGCUGUUGUACCUCGUGGAGUAAUCUUUGGAAUGCUCUUCUAUCUAACAUUUGCUGUUGCCGGGACGUUAUGGAUAUCUAUGAAAUAUCUGAACGAACGCGAAUGUGACUGUGGCCAAUAUUUCGGGAGGACCAAGCUGUCUUCAAGUAUUCAUACCGCACAUGAACACGACUUUCCACAUUUAGAAGAGAGUAACAAAAUAUUUUCAGAGAAACGUAAAAGAAUGGAGGAAAAUACUGUCGAACCGACUGUAAAGGAAAGAACUACUCAGGAAGACAAGCAUUCUAAAGACAUUAAUUCUGAAAGAGCUAAUCACGACGAUCAACAUUCUGAGGAUGAGUGGGGGCCUCAUCAACUUGGAAUAGUUGUUCCUUACAGAGACAGAUUUGAGGAGCUGCUUGAGUUUGCUCCCCACAUGCACAGUUUUUUAAAUGCUAAAAAAGUGCGACAUAAAAUAUUUAUUGUCAAUCAAGUUGACAAGCAUAGGUUUAAUAGAGCCUCUCUUUUAAAUGUUGGAUUCUUGGAGGCCAGAAACAAUAAUUGUGACUAUAUAGCAAUGCAUGAUGUGGAUCUUCUUCCACUCAACAAAGACUUGUAUUAUGGGUUCCCUAAAAAGGGACCCUUUCAUGUGUCUGCACCUUUCCUGCAUCCAAAAUAUCACUAUCCCACAUUUGUAGGUGGAAUUCUGAUUAUGUCCGUGGCCCAGUUUGAAAAGGUUAAUGGACUCUCAAACAUGUUUUGGGGCUGGGGACGAGAAGAUGAUGAGCUGUUUCAAAGAAUGAAAGAAGCUGGAAUGUCAAUUUAUCGACAUAGCAAACAGCACAUAACAACUGGUUAUGACACUUUUAAGCAUGAGCAUGACCCUAAGAAGAGAAAGAGAGACUAUGCAAGAUUUUAUGACCAGAAAAAGAAAUCAUUCCAGAGGGAUAGAGAAACUGGGUUAACAACAUUGAAGUACAGCGUAGAAAAACGGACCAAUGUUGUGAUUAAUGGUGCACCUUGCUCGAUCAUUAAUGUGAAAUUGGACUGCGAUGUGGAGUUGACACCUUGGUGUGACAAUCCUGGUUCAUGACAGUAAUGCUACUCAGCACGGAAAGCCGACCCUUGGAUCAUGCCCAGUCAUUGCGCCACCCUUGGUACAUCCUCAGCUGUGAAACCAACUCCACUUGUGUUUCUCUGGUGCAUCAUUUCCUAAUGCUGUGGAAUUUAUUACGCUUUCUCCUUUGUCAACAAAACCAUUUAGAAUACAAUUAAAGAUUUACGCAGAAAAUACUCCUGCAUGCACCUGUCAUGUCAACAAGAACAGUUAAUUGGAACCAGAUAAGGGAAAAAGAACAACUUGUCUUAACAGGACUGAAGGGCAGUUACGAUGUUUAGAAACGAAUCUCCUCAAUAUGUGCACUCCCAAUCAGGGUACCAACUAAGCCAUACUUCCAGACAGUAUUUAAAAAAGCUUAUUUCAAGCCAUAAUGUAUUUAAAUAAUACAAAUAAAUAAUACAAAUAAAGCCUUUAUUUAUCUAGAUUAUAACGUAAUAGU